GCUCAUUAUGAAACUCACUCACUUCUUCUCUGUGUGAAACAAAAAUCGUCUUUACACUCUCGAAUCGGUUGGUUAACCGUUCGAUUGGCAUGGCGGAUCCAAUGAAACGGCCGAGAGAAGCGGAGACGGAAACCUACGGCGUCACAGGGGAGAUUGCGGCCGGCGAGGAUUCCAUUAACGAUGAUGUAAAGGAACGAGAAGAGAAACCUGCUCUAGCGCAAACAAAGAUGAAGUCGAUUAACCUGGGAAAGAGAAAAUUAAGCAAUCCGCCCUCAAAAUCGAAGAAAGAGAACACGGUGAAAAAAGAAGUAGAAGAAAUUGAAUAUUCGACAGAUGAACAGACAACUCAACCCAAAGUUAAAGAAGAAAAAGAUGAGCCGAGUAAGGACGAGGAAAUACUUGACGAAGAUAACCAGCUCGACUCUGCUAGUGUGAAAGAGAAUGACGCCUCUCACAAGAGAACACGUAGAGCUACUUCUAAGGUAUCUUAUAUAGACGUGUCUGGGGACGAAGAAGAAUUUGAUGACGGGGUUUCUCGAAAAAAAAGACGUUCAAAGAACAGGACGAAAACCACGGCCUCAAAAAGCAAAGGCCUGGUGGAUGGUGAACCUAAUAAACAUGAUGAAAGUGCAGCAAAAGAUAUUGAGGAAGAAGGAAAUAUAAGUGAAGCUAAGGAUUGUGAAUCAGAUGAAGGUGACAAAAAGGGAACCCCCUCAAAGGAGGAAGACGAGAAAAACACACAUAAGGGAGGUAGAAAGAAGUGUGGUCAUUUGGACAGUGAUUCUAAAGAUGUAGAAGACCAACAGUAUGGACUCAGGCAUAGAAAACAAGAAAUGCAAGGAAAGAUUAACAAGCAUGAUCCAAAAUGGAUUGCGGAGCAGUCUGUUAUGUGCCAUCAAUGCCAGAGGAAUGAUAAAGGUCGUGUUGUGCGUUGCCAAAAUUGUAGAAGAAAGAGAUAUUGUAUCCCUUGUUUAACCACUUGGUAUCCACAUAUGAAAGAAGAUGAAGUUGCUGAAUGCUGCCCAGUUUGUCGUGAAAAUUGCAAUUGUAAAGCAUGCCUGCGGUUAGAUGUUCCACUCAAAAGACUGAAGGACCCAAAACCAGCUGUCAGUGAUGAUGAAAAAGUUCAAUAUUCCAAGUAUAUAAUGCAGGCACUUCUUUCAUAUUUGAAGCAAAUAAAUGAUGAACAAAUGAGAGAGAAGGAAGUGGAGGCUAAAAUACAUGGUUUACCACUUGAUGACUUGCUGGUAGAGAAUGCAAGAUGUGCCACUGAUGAGCGAGUAUACUGUGACAUUUGCAGAACCUCUAUCUUUGAUUUCCAUCGGAGCUGCCCACACUGUUUUUCUGAUCUUUGCCUUACCUGUUGUUGGGAACUUCGCAAUGGAAAACUCAUGGCAAGUACAGAGAAAGUGGUGGUGGAGUAUGCUGACAAUGGUUUUAAGUAUUUGCAUGGUGGAAAAAAAAGGCCAAAAAGAGUUUCAUCUGAGACUAUGGAUAAUGUAUGUUCACCUUCUAAUUGGAGGGUGAUGGAAGAUCAAAGCAUCUCCUGCAACUGUGGUAAAGGCAUUCUUAAAUUGAAGUCUAUAUUAGGCUAUUCGGUUUCAGAGCUGCUCACAAAAGCUGAAGAUGUUGUGGGAUCUUUAGAUCUUGGGGAUACUAUAACAAAUGCAGGACAAUGCUGUUCAUGUUUUACUACUACGGGUGAACAAAACUUAAAUGGCGAGAAGUCAGUAAAAGUUUCUUCUCGAAAUGAUUCAAAUGACAACUAUCUAUACUCCCCAAAGGCGAAAGAUAUUCUUCACGAGGAUUUGAGGCAUUUUCAGCUGCACUGGGCGAAGGGUGAGCCGGUGAUAGUUAGAAAUGCACUUGAAACUGGAUCUGGCUUAAGCUGGGAGCCACUUGUUAUGUGGCGUGCGUUCCGCCAGAUAGCCAAUCUAAAGCAUGGGAAGCAUCUGGAUGUACCAGCCAUAGAAUGUCUGGAUUGGUGUGAGGUAAUCAUUAAUAUCCAUGAAUUCUUUGUUGGAUACACAAAGGGCAGAUUUGAUGAAUAUAUGUGGCCUCAAAUAUUGAAACUGAAAGACUGGCCCCCGUCUACUCAAUUUGAAGAAAGAUUGCCACGCCAUGGUGUUGAAUUUCUUCAUUCUUUACCAUUUAAGGAGUACACACAUCCUAGACUUGGACCAUUAAAUCUUGCCACUAAAUUGCCUGUGGAAUGUCUAAAGCCAGACAUGGGGCCAAAGACAUAUAUUGCUUAUGGAAUAAAUCAAGAGCUUGGACGUGGAGAUUCUGUAACCAAGUUGCAUUGUGACAUGUCUGAUGCGGUGAAUAUCCUGACACAUAUUGCUGAAGUGUCCCUAACACCUGAUCAGCAGAGGGAAAUUGACAAUUUGAAACGAGAACACUUUGCUCAGGACCAGAGAGAGAUAUGGAAUGUUGAAAAUGACUUGCAUGCUGGCUCGUCUAGUGGUGAAAGUGUGUGUGAAAAAGAUGAUAGUAUUGAGACAAUGCAUCUAUGUCAACAGGAUAACGUUGAUGAAUAUCCUGGGUUAGUUAUGACUGAAUCUUUGGGGGUAUCCGAGAAAAUCAGUAAUGAUUCAAAUGUAGUUGAAAGUUGCAGCAUUGGUAAUGCUGGAACAUCUGCAUAUUCUCGCAGUAAGUCGCUGGAAGUAGCUGAGGGUGGUGCACUCUGGGAUAUUUUCCGCCGAGAGGAUGUUCCUAAGCUGAUGGAAUACCUUAAGAGGCACUUUAAGGAAUUCAGGCACAUACAUUGCAAUCAAGUGCCCCAGUAUAUUACACAUUAGUUCCAUCAUCUCCGAUGGAGCCAAAAUUUCACCAUUUUUUGGCUUUGGGGUGUGAUGGAAUAAAUCAAAAUGGAUCUCUAAACUGUCUGCGCUUCUUUAAUUAAUGAAGUAGCAGUUAGUCAAGCAAUGCAACUUUCGACGUUGAGCCGGGGGUCUCUUUGGAAACAGCCUCUCUACUUUCGAGUAGGGGCAAGGUCUGCGUACACACACCCUCCCCAGACCCUACUCANAGUUCCAUCAUCUCCGAUGGAGCCAAAAUUUCACCAUUUUUUGGCUUUGGGGUGUGAUGGAAUAAAUCAAAAUGGAUCUCUAAACUGUCUGCGCUUCUUUAAUUAAUGAAGUAGCAGUUAGUCAAGCAAUGCAACUUUCGACGUUGAGCCGGGGGUCUCUUUGGAAACAGCCUCUCUACUUUCGAGUAGGGGCAAGGUCU